AUGUCAAGACGAGGACAACAAACCAAAAAAAAAUCAUCCUUAUCAAGUUUACCAACACCAUCACCUAAAAUUGCACUUAUAACAGUUGGAUAUGGAAUAGCACAAAGAUUGUUGAAGCAUUCUAUGGAAAAUCCAUCCGAUACUUUUCAUUUGAUAUUAGCUUGUAGAAAUUCAAUUCGCGCUGCUGUUGCGAGAGAAUCAUUAUUGAAGGAUUACCCGGGAAACCUUAUAGAUAUUGUUACAGUUGAUGUUAGCAGUGUUGAAGUAGUUUUCAAAAGUUGUAAAACAAUUCGCGAAAGAUAUGAUCGUAUUGAUUUAUUUUUCUGCAAUGCAGGGAUAUUACAGUGUGAUUAUGUUGAUUGGAAAUUUGCAACAAUUCAGGCAUUUCUUGAUCCAUUCUCAUUAUUAACAAAAUCAGAAGUUGUUGUCCAACCAAUCGGCAAGGUCACAAAAGAAGGAUUAGGAGAAACAUUUGCUAGCAAUUUUUUUGGACAUUAUAUCAUGAUUAAAGAAUUAGAAGAUUUAUUUAUAUCUUCGAGUCAAGGAGCUAGGAUAAUAUGGACAAGUUCAAUGACUCCUGCCAAGGAUGAUUUUGUUCUUGAGGAUUUUCAAUACAUAACAUCAGUUGCACUUAAUUUAAAACUAAAUAAAAAAAGUAUUCAUACUUUUACUACUGAACCUGGCAUAGUAGCCACAAAUAUUGUUAGAGUUCAUCUUGGUUGGUUAGCUGCUGCUGCUAUGUAUAUUGCAUUUUACUUGGGAAGAUUUUUUGGAAUAAAUGAAGAAACAAUUACGAGUUGGAAUGGAUCAUACUCGAAUUAUUACGUUGCCAUCACUAAUCCUAUAACUUUACUCAACACUUCAAUUAAAUAUGGUAGUCGUGUUAAACCAUUGGGAGAUGUUUAUGUUAAUGAAGAUACGAUUGUUGAUUAUGAUGAAGAAGUUUCCAAUGCACUUUUAAAUAAAUUAGACGGUUUAUUUAAUGAUUUCAAAUCGAAAUAUCAAGAAUAA